AUGUGGCUAUUCUCUCUUUUCAUUUUUAGUUCUAUAUUCGAAUUUGGAUCCGCAUUUAUUGUUGGUGGCUGCAUUGGACCGAAAUCGUCUUUCGAACGAUAUUUGACUGUUAGCGAGAAGAAAGAGUUGAAGCGGAUAGUGCACGAGAAUUUUGAUGGGAGCAAUCAAGCUGAGGUUCUCUCCGAAGUUUAUCACUUCGUUCACGGUCAUGUCACCGAUGCGCAAUGGAAGGAAAUCUAUCCGGAGAUUGAAAAAUAUCGACAACAAAGCCAUGAAUGUUCGGUGUACGCUCAGCUGUUGCCGAAUCAUUUGUACAAACAAUUAUUGACAUCGGUCUAUCGAGCUUCGGAAACUGGUGCUGAUAAGCAUGAAGUGAAGCGAUUAGUUGAGGAAUACAUCGAACGUUUACUCGUUGAAGGAGCUUUAGAUCGGAUUCCGACUCAAAUGCCGGCGUUGAAGCCGGCUUUACCGAUGUCACCGGUGGUUCGACGCGUUUCCCAAACGUCGAAGCCGACAAUCGCGUCGACUCCGUUUGAAUCAACGACCACGAGUGCCGCACAACAAACCACCAUUUCAGCUGUACCCGUGCGUCCAGCUCACUACCUGGUGAUGGCCCCUCCACCACCGGUACGUAUCACUCUUCGUCCACCUCUCUCUAUCAAUCUCCUCCUUUCCACCUCCACCCCAACCACUACAACUCUUAAACCAACUCCUCCAAUUCCUUUUGCUGGAUUAAGCCAAGCUAUGGAGGAGACACGAAAUGCAGCUCGUUUUGACUCGUUAGCGAGACAAUUUUUGCGAGAACGAAUCCGGAUCGCAUCGUCGACUCAGGAUACGCCUGUUGUUUACAACAAUGUAAACCUGCCUCCUCCUCCAUCAAUGCCCCCUCCUCUCUACAAUCUUUUCCCUCGUGCCAUCCCUUUGAAUGGGGCUCAGCGUCUUCCAAAUCCCUAUGGAUCAAAUCACGAGCGUUUAUCGAAUAACCCAACUUUCCCUCUUGUCAGCAUGAAUCCUUACUUCCAUUGCCCGUCGAGUGAAACGAAUUGCUGUCACUACUGCACUCCCGCUUAUUGGCAUCGUCAACACCAUCGUCGCCCAGCGCUCUUGGUCGAGCCAUGGGAUGAGAGGAAAUUCGAUGGGAAUUUCCAGGCAAGUGAAAGAAAAGGAUAUAGGAGAACAUUUGGCACAUCUUUCCCUCGAUAUAACGAUGUUGAGAGAAUUGAUGGUGAGAAGGGAAAAGGAGAGGAUAAAGAAGAGAAGGGAAAAGGAGAGGAUAAAGAAGAGAAGGGAAAAGAGGAAACAACAACGAUGAAGAAUGCUGGUGAAGAAAGUACAAUAGUAGAGUCGCUAAAGAAAUCUGAAAAUUCAACAAAAGCAGAACUUCAUGAGAGACAUGAGAAAAUUUUGAUUCCUUUAAAAAAUGGGGAAUUGAUAGAGCCAGAUGGAUGGGAUCUUGUCGAAUCAAAAGAGAAA